AUACGGCCGAGUGCGUGUCGACCUCUGUCUAUGGUGCUGGAUUUUAUAACUCUUUUCCCUCACUAUCUGUAAACACUUGCAAUAUAAUCCAAUCAGGUUUGAUUCGAGUAAAUUACACAAAAAUGUGGUUUCAUGGACAGAUUUUUUUGCAAGUAAGAGUGUCAUAUAUUAUAGGUGUGACAGCAAUGAGCAGAUAAGUGCGGUCAAGGUGUCGUCGCCACUGCAGCAUCCGCUCUGCGGCUGCUCGCUGCUUCUGCUGCCACCGCUCACAGUCCCGCAGACAAAGUCAUGGAGGAAGGGAAGUUGUGAGGCUAAGAAGUGGGUCUACAUCCCCACGAAACGGGCAAAUUAGAAACAAUGGCGGAGGCUAAUCCACUCAGGGGACUGCCCCGGAUCCAGAGGGCUGCGAUGUCAUUCCCUGGACAUUUGCAUUUAGUUCUAGUGCUGAGACCCAAAACCCACUUUCAGACCACUGGAACAGACCUCGGUUUCCGCUUCAGUCAGGACGACUUUGCGCUCAAGAUGCCGAUGAUAAUGCUGAGCUCCCUGUCAGACCUGCUUCGCUUCAUUGAUGAAAAUCAACUGAGCACUGAGUUUGGUGGUAAUUUGGAUCAAUGCCAUAGUGACUGGAUAGUUCUGCGAACGGCCAUAGAGAGUUUUGCAGUGACAGUGAAGGAAAUCGCUCAACUACUGCAGACAUUCGGCACAGAGCUGUCUGAGAUUGAGCUGCCUGAUGAAGCCAGUGGCAUUGAGUACCUACUUAGAUCACACACUGAGAAAUACAGACAAAUGAAGGAUGACAUUAGGUCAGUUAUGAGGGAAGGACGCCAGCUGCUCUCAAACCUUGAGGCCUCAAAAGCAGAGGAAGGUGCUGCAGCAGAAGACAGAGACAUCAGCCAAGACAAAGAAAGAGUGCAGAGGCUUGUGGCACAGUUACGGGACAUGGAAAUGGCUUUUGAUGGUUUUUUUGAGAAGCACCACCUCAAGCUUCAACAAUACCUUCAACUCCUCCAAUACGAGCUGAGUUUCCAUGAGAUGGAAACAAUUCUGGAGAAACUUAGUACACAGGAGAAAGCCAUUGCAUCUGUGGGGACAACAGUGGCCCAGACGGAGCAGCUGCUUAAAGACCUCGAUAUGCUGGAGACCACAGCAGAGGAGGAAAUGGGCCGUGCUCAGAUUAUUAUUCUGCAUGGGCAUCAGCUUGCAGCAAGUCAUCACUACGCUCUUGCCCUAAUAGUUCAGCGCUGCAAUGAACUGAGGCAUCACUGUGACACUCUCACAACAGCUCUGCGUGCCAAGCGGGCAUCUCUCACGCGCAUACGAGUCCUUCUGUUGCGGUUGGAGGAGACUGUGCGUUGGUGUGAUGAGGGGGCCUAUCUGCUGGCUAACCAGCUGCUGGAUAAGUUUCAGUCCAAAGAGGGGGCGCAGGCAGCCCUGCGGGACAUUGAGAAACUGAUGGAGACGGCGCCCUCAGUCCUGCGGUCUAACCCGGACUUCCUCAGUCUGGAGUUAGAAGCAAUACUCACACCCCAGCUGCAGUCUCAGAUAGAGGCUGUCACAGAGAAGGUAUCAACAGUACAGGGAAUGAUCCAGAGCCGACAGGCCUGUCUGAGAAAACUGGCUGAUAUUCAGGUCAGACCCAUCCAGCUGGUCGCUCCAAGGCCUGAGAACUCACCACGCUGCAAAUCCCCUCUGUUCUCUCCUAAACACAGUUUUGAUGUGAACUCCAGUUUAAGGUUUUCUUUUGAUCUUGCACUCCCUGGUAAAAGGGCCUCACGGAAAGGUCCCAGCACAAAGAAGAUAGAGGUGAUGCACGACUACGAGGAGAACCGCAGCUGUCUGUCCUACGGCCCAGAUGGAGUUGAGAACCCCGACCAGCACAAACGCCAUGUAAUGAAGGAGCUGAUUGAGACGGAGAGAAUCUAUGUGGAGGAGCUGCUGUCUGUUUUGCUGGGUUACAGGGCAGAGAUGGAUAACCCAUCUCUCUCUAAUAUACUGCCAUCUGUACUGCGAAACAAGAAAGAAGAGCUGUUUGGAAAUCUGCCGGAGAUCUAUAAAUUCCACAGCAGGAUAUUCCUGCAGGACCUUGAGAGCUGCUUAGAGUCUCCAGAGAGAGUGGGAGCACGCUUUUUGGAAAGGAAAGAAAAUUUUCAGGUCUACAAGCGCUACUGCCAGAACAAACCUCGCUCAGAUGCCCUCUGGAGGCAGUGUUCUGAUUCAGUCUUCAUCCAGGAGUGCAAAAGGAAGUUGGAUCAUAAACUAGGGCUGGACUCAUAUUUGCUCAAACCUGUUCAGCGUUUAACCAAGUACCAGCUUCUUCUUAAGGAACUACUCAAGCACAGCUCAAACUCACAGUAUGCAUCUGAGCUGCAGGGGGCGCUAAAUGCCAUGCUGGAUCUCCUCAAGUCUGUCAAUGACUCCAUGCAUCAAAUUGCCAUCACUGGUUAUGAGGGUGAAUUGAGUGACCUGGGUCACGUCCUUAUGCAGGGCUCCUUCAACGUCUGGAUCAACCAUAGGAAAGGCCCAACUCGCAUGAAGGACAUGGCUCGCUUUAAACCCAUGCAAAGGCAUCUGUUUCUUCAUGAAAGAGCUCUGCUUUUCUGCAAGAAGAGAGAGGAGAGUGGAGAGGGACAUGAUCGGACAGCCUCUUACAGCUUCAAACACUGCCUGAUGAUGAGUGCUGUUGGUAUCACAGAAAACAUCAAAGGGGAUGUAAAGAAGUUUGAAAUUUGGUACAACGGAAAGGAGGAGGUGUAUGUUGUUCAGGCUCCAACAGUAGAUGUGAAGAUUGCAUGGCUCACUGAGAUUAGAAAAAUCCUCAACAAUCAGCAAAAGAUUGACAAAGGUGAUGCUCAACCGUAUAGUGAGCAGCCAUUAUUCCCACCAUUGGGCGACAGUGUGAGGCAUAUGUCCGUGUGCAUGCCCUGGAGUUCCACACAGAUCACUGGCUGCUCAGGUUGUUUUGAUGUCCUUCCUCACAGCAAGCUCCAGGGGGCGUCGGUCAGCUCAGAGGACACCGAUUCAGGCCGUGUGAGUCCGGUUCUGACAGACCCAGUCAUCAUUUCCCCACGUCCCCGCCACCACAAUCGUCGCAGCUGGCCUGGGACUUCUCAGUCAGUGGACAUCUGUGAGGGUCUGGAGGACUGGACCACUGACCUCUCAAACAUCUCUGACUCUGAUGAAGAAGACGAUGUGCUGCUGGUUCCUGGAAGGUACAGAGCAAUGUUGGAUCACUUAAAGUGUGGCAAGGAUGAUGUAAUAAUCAAAUCUGGUGACGUCAUUCACGUGCUGCAGGAGAGUGCAAUGGGGCUUUGGCAUGUUAAGAAUUUGACUCGUGGAGGUGAAGGAAAACUCCCUGUAGAUACACUUCUGAGAAUGCUGGGAGAUGCAGGCAGAAGUCCCUCCAUUAGGUCGGGAGGUGGAUUUGUGGUACGAGAAAUAUAAACAGCAGGAAGCCCAGCAACACCUAAGUACAUAAACCACAUGUACACAAAGCUCCCACCAUGUGACAACCCUAAAGGCCAUUACUCUCAUUCAGGACUGAGCCCUGUCACGCCAAACUGACACACACAAACAAACACAAAGUCAGGAAAACAGAGCCGCCUAGUCAAGAGAAAGUUUCCAUCUGCCAUCAGUGGAGAUUGUGGAUUAUGUUGGAUUUAAAGACAAAAAGAGACACCAUCUACAACAAUACAGUGUGACAAUAAAAGGAGCUUUGUGAAGCACAAACUUUACACUGAUCCACUUCAUCCCUGGAAGGUACUAUCACCAUACUGUGCCAUAACACAUGAUAUGAAACAUGUAUUUGUGUAGUUAGAACAGUAUUUCAUUGUAUUUUAAAGCAGGAAAGUUUUUAGCAUGGCGUGUACACUGACCUGUGAGAACAGAUGGGUACGGUGGUUGGACACUUGUUUUAAAAAGCCAUUUUAAUGCUGGAAUAGAUACUAGUGCUACAGUGAAUGAAAGAUGAAAGCUCACAUCAGUAUCUAGUCUAUGUGCCAAAAUCUAACAUUCCAUUUCCAAACGUACCAGGUUGAUCUUAAUUCUUCUUUUUUUUUUUAUUAUUCUGGCUUUGCUUUGGCAUCAAAACAUGCUGCUUACCUUCAGAUGAUCCUGUGUUUAUAUUCAUAUUUACUUUAAGUCAGAUUAAAUAUGGCUGUUCUGGGCUAUUUAGCACAUCUUUUUAGUUUUCAAAGUGUUUUACAUGGGAUUACUGUAGAAGUAGCAUGAUUCAUUUGUAAAUAUUUUGUUUUAAAAUUCAUUUUUCAGCACAUCCACCACCAUAUUUGGGUCAGUUUUUGUCACUGAAAUAAAACUGUGCUUGGUGGUAUACAUCAUCAUAAUGUCCACUGUAAGCUUGUCCAUUCCAUUAUUUUUUUUUAUUGUUCUCCCUGUCCCUUCCUGCAUUCACGAUGUGCACUUAACUUUGUUAACCGCCUAGAAUCUGUUGAGGUGAAUGUGCAAGAUGUCAACUAUUUCACUAGUUAGCCUCAUUAAAAACUAGAAUGAAUAAAUACAUAACCGUUCAAAAGUUUGGGGUCAGUAAGAUUUUUUUUUAAAUUUAAAAAUUAAUAAUUUAAUCCAGCAAGGAUGCUGAUCAAAAGUAGAAGUUAAGACAUUGAUAAUGAUUUCUAUUUUUAAAAAAUGCUGGUCUUUUAAAUUUUCUAUUCAUCAAAGAAUGUAUCAAUAUAUCACUGUAUCACGGUUUCCACAAAAAUAUUAAGCAGCACAACUGUUUUCAAUACUGAUAAUAUAAGAAAUGUUUCUUGAGCAUCAAAUCAGCAUAUUAGAAUGAUUUCUGAAGGAUCAUGUGACACUGAAGAGUAAUGGCUGCUGAAAAUUCAGCUUGGCCAUCACAGGAAUAAAUUACAUUUUUAAAAUAUAUUAAAACAGUUGUUUUAAAUUAUAAUAAUAUUUUACAAUGUUACUAUUUGUACUGUAUUGUUAAAAAAAAAACAGCCUUGAUGAGCAUAGGAUUUCUUUUAAAAAAUAUCAAAAAAUUUAAAAAAUCUUACCAACCCCACAAUUUUGAAAGGUUGUGUAAGUGCAUGUCAUAAAGUUAAAAAGGGGAAGAAGAAAAGGCAGAAGAAAAACAGAUGUGGUCUGAAUGAGUUUCAUGUGUACUUCAGUUUGAAGGACAUUUCUUAAAGCCAUACACUUCUGGUGUAUAAUAUGUACAGAGACGAAAGUAACCUCAUACUUAUUUGUGGUACUGUAUAUCAUGUAUGAAAAUAAUUUCAGUAGAUGUACAAGCACAAAGUAUAAGAUGGUAAACUAUAUUUUCUUGAUUGUUACAGGAUGUUUGUUGAAUGAUGACUAGUAAAUAUCAUCUGUACAGAAA